CACACACGCACACUUCAACUCUCUCAUUCCAAGCUAACACAAACAUUAUCUUUCUUCUCGUUACUAUCUUUAAAUUAAUACUUCCUCCAACGUUGUUGUUCAUUCAUGGCAGAAGAACCUUCUCAAGACGUUGAUCUCCGUUUGGGAGAACCCAAGGGACCCAAAGAGGAACCGGAGACGGAGGAGGGGUCGCCGUCGACGGCCGCAAUACGCGUGAUGCCGGUGGCGGUUCACGUGCCGGCAGGGAUGUCCAUGUCCAUGCAAGUAAACAAAGCCUUGGCUCAGGCCCAAGCCCAAGCCCAACCACAGAAGAGGGCUUCCACCAAAGACCGUCACACUAAAGUAGAGGGCCGAGGCAGGAGGAUCCGAAUGCCCGCCACGUGUGCGGCCCGGAUCUUUCAACUGACCCGAGAACUCGGUCAUAAAUCCGACGGCGAAACCAUCCGGUGGCUCCUCGAACACGCCGAACCGGCCAUCAUCGCCGCCACCGGCACCGGCACCGUCCCCGCCAUCGCUAUGUCCGUUAACGGAACCCUGAAGAUCCCAACCACUUCCCCUUCCUCAACCAACAACAACAAUAACAAUAACAACACCGACCCGGAACCCGGUGACCCACCCGAGAAGAAGAAACGUAAGCGACCCGCGAAUAGUGCCUACGUGGACAUAAACGACGCCGCCGUUUCGGUCUCGGCGGGGCUAACAACCUCGAACCAAAACGCAGCGACAAUUCCCCAACAAAGCGCGAUUCCGUUACCGCAAGGCAUGGUCCCCAUGUGGGCCAUACCCUCAAACGCCGUCGUUCCAGCAGCAGGCGCGUUCUUCGUCGUUCCCCAAACGCCGUCGUUUCAGCACCAGCCUCAGUUCUUCACCAUAGCUCGACCUAUCUCCGCUUUCGUCUCCUCCAUGGUCACACCCGUUCAACUCCAACCAACCUCCGCCUCAACAACAACCCCCUCCUCCACCGCUCCAGCGAGAGCCACCGUCAUGGCUCCCACCACGACCGCGACCACGACAACCAGCACGACGCAGAUGCUCAGAGAUUUCUCCUUGGAGAUUUACGACAAGCAAGAGCUUCAGUUCAUGUCGCGCUCUUCUUCGAAGCAUUGAGAGAGAGAGAGAGAAGAACGUUGAAUCGGGUUGAGGUUGGGUGUGGUUACGACGUCGUUCGGAGAAAGCAAGAGCACGUGCCCACGUGACGUGGAAUUAAAAAUGGUGGGGACCACAUGCGUGUGGGCGUGGGUCAACACCAAAAGUGGAGGGAGGGGAAAGAAGGUAGGUCCCACCCAGUGGUGGUGGUGCUGCUCCGUGGACCGUGCAAGGGGGGGAGCGGGGUACCAGUACUAAUCUGCUAAGAAAUUUUUUUUCCUAUUCUAGGACCAAUAAUAAUAACACCACUUAAUUAGAAUCACAAUAACUUUAUUAUUGAUUUUAAGUUCCCAAUCCUGAAAUUUAUGUAAGUGUACUUUACUUAAGAUCAGUGAUAAAUAUCUUUUUUUAUUUUAUUCUUUUUCAUUAUUAAUAUUAGUACUUAGUUGUUUCUUUUCCUUGUUGGUGAUGCUGAGGCUGGGUCCACCUCAUCCCAUGGUCAUGCCAGGGACCCAAACACUGGACCCUACGGGACCGUUUUUGCACCGUUCUCGAGCCGGCCUUUUCAAAGUGGUCCCUCCCAUGAAUCCAGAGAGUCCUUAAGGACACGUGUCACCUCCUUGCUCGCUCACAGGUGGGGCACACCUUUUCAGUUUGACACGUGGGGCUUUUCCCGGGCCCACGUUGCUCUUUACUGGUUUUGCUUUGCUUGGCCCGAAGAAAACGUGAAGCAAGAUCAAGAUAAAGAUAUACAUAUAUAUAUAUACAGAAUAAAUGGUAUCGGAUGCGCAAAAUCUUGUAUAUUAACUUUGUAGAGUUUUUCCCAUCAUGAUAAAAAAAAAACUAACACAUUGUAUGAACCAUGUGUGUAGAGUUGUUGUUGUUAGAGUUGGAUCGUGUUAUAUUAUUCUUCUUACUAUGUUAUGUAUAUGUAUUGCCCCUUGAGGCUUUGGGUGCUAAGAUUUUGCACCGUUCACAAUAAAUGAACAUGUUUUGUAACGUCUUUUC